AUGAGUGAAGUAAAGAAUGAAUUGGAGACAGAGACGACUCCAGCACCAGCUAAGAAGCAAAGACUAUCAAAUGAUGACUUGUAUCGAAAUUCAACUCAAUACGAGUUAUGGUCAUUUACCCAAGAAACAUUACAAGAUGCCAAACGAGAGGCAAAUGAAAAGGGGGUCAAAAUUUCAAAAGAGAGAUUCAAAUCUGCCUUUGAGAAUGCAAAGAAAGAACAUCCAGAUGCUUUUGAACAAUUUCCAGAUGAAUUGAACGAAAAUAUGGUCAGUCUAUUAACACUAGAAGAAGAAUCCACCUAUCUUGAUUUUUACAUACAAAACAUUACUACGACAUGUAAUUUUUUUAAAAUGCCAACUCAAGUUCGAUUAACAGCUGCUUCAUUUUUCAAGAAAUUUUACCUAGUCAACUCCGUAAUGGAAUUUCAUCCUAAAAAUGUAUUAUAUACAUGUAUAUUUCUAGCUGCAAAGUCGGAAAAUUAUUUCAUCUCGAUAGAGUCAUAUGUUAAGGCAUUAAAGGGAACAGAUACAUCUCAUAUUCUAGAUUUGGAGUUCAUUGUGUUGCAGAGUUUGAAGUUUACAUUGUUGGUACAUCAUCCAAUACGAGCAUUAUAUGGGUUUUUCCUAGAUUUUCAAGCUGUAUUAUUACAUCCAGAACAAGUGAUGUAUGAUGUAUCAGUAGAUACUUUGGGGAACAUGUAUAAUCAAGCAAAGGAAUGGCUCAAUAAGUAUUUUAUGGUCAGCGAUGUGGCGUUUUUGUUUACGCCGCCGCAGAUUGCACUUGCAGCAAUGUACGAUACUGAUAAAAGGAUUACUGAUAAAUACUUGAGACGAAAAUAUCUUGGCAAUGAGGAAAAGUUGGAUCCGAUAAAAGAACAGGAGAAUGAAAAUGAAAAACAAAAUGGCGAAGAUAAAUCUGUAGUUGCAUCAGAAGAAGCUUCAAAGGAUGUUAGCAAGGAAAAGACUAAAUCUUCCAAUAGACAGCAAUAUGAAACAUUGGUUACAUUAUUGAGAAAGUGUGUAAAACUUGCGAAACAGUCACGGGUUGCUGAUCGUGAAGCAAGUAAGGAAAUUGAUAAGAAAUGUUUCUUUGCAUUAAAUCCGAAAAAAUUAAUUGAUAAACGUAUCAAAAGAUUAACUUUGGGGAAUCAGGAUGUUGCGAAAGAAAGUACAGUUGAACCUCUGUAA